CAAACAAACAACCAGAGAACAACUCUGCAGGUGCCAGAAAGCCUUCUGGAUUUGAAGAAUAACCUCAAGAAUUCGUCGAUUUUUCUUCACCCCGAUAAGAAAAAAAUUUAAACAUUCCCAUUUUGUCCUUGACCCCUGCUCAUAAUCCCAACUCUGUCCCCUCUAUCUUCUUCUCCGUUGUCCCAUCAACUCAAUCUGUAUAUAACAGAUAUACAACAUAUCUAUAUCUGAACCCAAAAGCUUAAAUUUCUACAAAGUUUGUUUAUGGCUUCUCGCUAAGGAGUUAAUUUGAAUCAGCACUGAUUGUGGUGGCAUACUGAAAGAUGCCUGGGUUAGUUUUGGAUGAAAUUCAUGAAGAUAAGGUGAUCGACGAAAUGCCUGACGAUGGGAGUUUGUCGAAAACGAAGGAUAAUUUGGAUUUAAGCAAGUCUCCUGAUGUGGGAACUGGGAAUAGUGCGACUGAAGUGGUUGAGCCUUCUAUCGAACAGCUUUACGAUAAUGUAUGUGAGAUGCAGAGUUCUGAUCAUUCACCAUCGCGUCUCAGCUACGGCUCAGAUGGUGAAGAAUCCAGAAUUGAUUCAGAGUUAAGACACUUGGUUGGAGGCGAGAGGAAAGAAGUGGAAAUCAUCGAACAAGAUGAAGAGAUUUCCAAUGUAGAACAACAGAAGGAAGAAAGCUCGAAAUCACAAAUGGAGUCGGAAGCUAAUUCCGGAACAAGUUCCAAGACCAAAUCCCAUCAAAAGAAACCUCUAUUCGAGAAACAAACCGAUAAAAACCCUAAAAAACCAGUCGUUACUGAUAAAAACUCAGAUCUUGGUCCAUAUCUGCUUAAACAAGCUCGCGAUUUAAUGUCUUCCGGUGAAAACCCUCGUAAAGCACUCGAUUUAUCUCUUCGAGCAGCAAAAUCAUUUGAAAAAUCUUCAAACGGUAAACCCAGUUUAGACGUUGUUAUGUGUUUGCAUGUCACAGCCGCCAUUUACUGCAACUUAUCCCAAUACAACGACGCCAUUCCCAUCCUCAACAACUCCAUCAACAUUCCAGCAAUCGAAUUAGGUCAAGAUCACGCACUUGCUAAAUUCGCAGGAUACAUGCAAUUAGGCGACACAUAUGCAAUGUUAGGUCAACUCGAAAACUCAUUACACUGUUACAAAUCGGGUCUUGAAGUCCAAAAAUCCACUUUAGGUGAAACCGACCCACGGGUGGGUGAAACUUUCAGGUAUCUUGCUGAAGCUCAUGUUCAAGCUUUACAACUCGAUGAAGCUGAAAAGCUAUGUCAAAUGGCCCUUGAAAUCCACAAAAAUAACGGUUUACCCGCAUCUUUAGAAGAAGCAGCUGAUCGAAAGCUCAUGGGACUUAUAAUGGAAACAAAAGGAGACCAUGAAGGUGCCCUUGAGCAUCUUGUUUUAGCCAGCAUGGCAAUGGUGGCAAAUGGCCAUGAAAAUGAAGUUUCUUCUAUUGAUAUAAGCAUAGGAGACGCGUAUUUAUCUCUAUCAAGAUUUGAUGAAGCAAUUCACGCGUAUCAGAAAGCACUCACUGCUUUAAAAUCAUCAAAAGGGGAGAAUCAUCCGAGUGUUGCUUCCGUUUAUGUUCGUUUAGCUGAUUUAUAUAACAAAACCGGGAAAUUAAAAGAAUCAAAAUCGUAUUGUGAAAACGCGCUUUCGAUAUACGAAAAACCGAUCCCGGGAAUCCCGCAAGAGGAAAUCGCGUGUGGAUUUACGGAUGUUUCUGCCAUAUAUGAAUCCAUGAAUGAGAUUGAUCACGCACUUAAACUGUUACAAAAAGCUUUGAAGAUAUACAACGGUGUGCCAGGUCAGCAAAACACGGUUGCAGGGAUUGAAGCACAAAUGGGGGUGAUGUAUUAUGUGUUGGGGAAAUAUGAUGAGUCUUAUACGUCUUUUGAACACGCGAUUUCAAAGCUGCGUGUUAGUGGGGAGAAAAAAUCGGCUUUUUUUGGUAUUGCACUUAACCAAAUGGGGCUCACGUGUGUGCAACUUUAUGCUAUAAAUGAAGCUUUGGAUCUUUUUGAAGAAGCAAGAAAUGUAUUGGAACAUGAGUGUGGAUCUUAUCACCCUGAUACUCUUGCUGUUUACAGCAAUCUUGCUGGAACUUAUGAUGCGGUUGGAAGAUUGGAUGAUGCAAUUGCAAUCUUGGAAAGGAUUGUUGUUAUGAGGGAGGAAAAGCUCGGGACUGCUCAUCCGGAUGUUGAUGAUGAGAAGAGGAGGCUGGCCGAAUUGCUAAAAGAGGCGGGAAAGGUUCGAACUAAAAAAAACAGAUCGUUAGAACACCUUCUUGAUUCCUCUGGUGUUCCUGGUGCUAAUACUGUUACUGAUACUGGUACUGGUACUGGUACCAGUUAAGGUAUAUGGGUGAUCAAGAUUGUAUUAUACACGUUUAUAA